UUGCAGAUAGAAGCUAAAUGGCGACUACAACGCGUCUCAACAACCAUUUCGUACAUCGAAUCAGCAGCACUGACCCGAAAAAGCCACGUAGGAUGAGCCUUGUCCCUCGAGUCUGUCUGACCUGUCGAUAGACCACCGCCAAGCAAAGUGAGGAUUAUGGAAUACGAAGAUUUUGCGGCGAACUCAACGUUAUCCGAGAACAACGCAACGUCUAUCGUUGAAUCGCCAGAGCAGGAAUGGACCAGCUCGUUUCUGCUGUUUUUCAAAGCCUCCAUUAUGGGUACCAUAAUAAUAGCUUCGAUAUUCGGCAACCUGCUUGUGAUCGUGUCUGUGAUGCGACAUAGGAAACUAAGGAUAAUCACCAACUACUACGUCAUCUCCCUAGCGCUGGCCGACAUGUUGGUGGCGAUGUUCGCCAUGACGUUCAACGCUAGCGUGCAGAUAUACGAAAGGUGGUUGUUCGGGUAUUUUAUGUGUGACGUGUGGAAUUCCCUGGACGUGUACUUCUCAACGUCAUCAAUCCUCCAUCUUUGCUGUAUCAGCGUUGACAGAUACUACGCCAUAGUGAAACCGUUGAAGUACACCCUCACCAUGACGAAGAAAGUUGUGGCACUGAUGAUACUCAACACGUGGAUCAGUCCCGCUAUCAUCAGUUUCCUUCCGAUAUUCAAAGGAUGGUACACCACGGACGAGCACGAAAAAUUCCGGGAAAACCAUCGCGAUCUCUGCGAAUUCGUGGUAAACAAACCGUAUGCCGUUAUCAGUAGCAGCAUUUCAUUCUGGAUACCGUGCACCAUAAUGAUCUUCAUGUACUUGGCCAUCUUCAGGGAGGCUAACAAGCAAGAGAAAGAAAUGUACAAUCGACAUGGAGCUGCUCUGCUGCUGCACCAAAAUAACACCAAUGGGGACAUGCUCUCUAACUCAGGGGGCUCGUCGAAGACGUUGACCCUGCACGAGGUGAACCAAGAGCUGCACCAACACACUCCGACUAAGCAGAGCAACAUUUCGAAGAUGAAACGCGAGCACAAGGCGGCUCGUACUCUCGGGAUCAUCAUGGGUACCUUCAUCGUGUGUUGGCUGCCGUUUUUCCUUUGGUAUGACACAGUCUACCUUUGCGACACCUGCCGGGAGAACUGUCCCCCAGAAGUGGUGGCCGUCGUGUUUUGGAUCGGGUAUUUCAACUCGACACUGAACCCCAUCAUCUACGCGUACUUCAAUCGUGACUUCAGAGAAGCGUUCAAGAACACGCUGCAGUGCGCGUUUUGCAGUCUUUGCAGAAGACCGCCAUCCAAUCUGGACUACGAUGCACGGAGGCCCUCGAUACGAUACGAGGACCGAACGCGUAGCGUCUACUCCGAAACCUACCUGAAACACGUGGACAGGCGGUGUUCGGAGUUCGGGUCCAGCCUCUGAGUGGAUCUCACUAGUAGCCGGUUGACCACCACUAGCUUUUAGGUGGCGGAUACGGCUACUAGUGACCCACACACCUUGAUGGACUAUCUUUUUCGGAAAACUACGAUUCUGUCAUCAAUUAUUAGCUUCCUAUCCACACCGUUAUACAAUUAAAAAAAUCCAACGUCAAGAACAAGAUUCAGCAGUCAUAUUAAAACUUUUUCAAAAUAUGGUGAAAGCGCAAGCAAUUCCUGUGUCUAUACGAAAAUAUGGUGAAGGAGACGCUACGUUUUUAAUUUAUGCGGAAAGUUUUGUCAUUUAUAACAAUGAAUUGUAGAUAAAUAAAGAUGUGUAUUAUUAUUAUUUAUAAAGAAACGGCGUCUUUCAAAAUAAUUUUCAUUACUGAAUUUACUCCACUCAUUUGAAAUUACGUAUGCAUAAUAGUCUAAUCAUAUUAGCAAAGUUCCGGGAAAUACUUAUAGUCUGGUUUUAUUGGUGCAAGUUGUUCAAGGGGUUCCUAAAGCAUGGGCGCGGAAAAUGGGCACACUAAUUUUUAUGGGAAAACUUUUUAUACGACAACAAAUAAUGAGAAAACAUGUUUUUUGAAGUUCAAUCGAAACUGUUGACAGGAACGAAAAAACUUUCCUCAUAAGAUUUUUAGGUAUUUGUGAGAUCUACAAAAUGAGAUCACACGUAGAAAGAUCCGACUAAUAGCAAAAAUGUUAUGGCCGAAAAACGAGGCAAAAUGCAGGUUUUGGCACUUGGUAAUGCGACGAUGGUUUCUCCCAAAAACCACGUUUUCUCAUUCUUUGUUGUCGAGUAAAAAGUUUUCCAUCACGAAUCGGUGUACCAAUUUUAUGCGUCCAUUUUUAAAUACCCCCUUGAACUACUUGCAGCAAUAAAACCAAGCUUUACAAUUAUUUCGAAAACAAAGGGUAUUUUCGUCUAAUGUGAUUAGACUAUCAUGUUCAACAAUGAAAUACGUUUUUCUUCAAUUGAUGACAGAAUCGUAGAUUUCGAAAAAUACUUUUACUUAAAUUAUGGUGCUGUUUUUUGUACACUCUAGUGUAAGUAUUUCAAUCUCUUUUUUAAGGCUAGCGAUGACUCAAAAGUGUAUAAAGUUAGAUGUGUAAGUGUACAUACGUAUAGAUAUUUGCCAAAAAAAAAAAGUUACUUUAAAUGAGUGAUACUUUGACAUUAACAUACAAUAAGUUUUGAAGUAUUAAUUAUGCGUAUUUCUGAUGCGAUCAUCUUAAAACUUUACAAGAAAAUAAUAUUUUUGACAAUCUAGACAAAAUUGGAAGCUAUCAAGAAACACAUAGUGUUUUACAAAUUGCCAGUUGCAACUUCAGAAAGAAUAUGUACGAUAUUCAAAAAUAUAAUUCAGAACAGAAAAAUAGUCAGAAAUAUGCAUAAAUGCAAAUGUAUUUCGUUUUUCGAAAAUACCGGAUAUAUGCAAGUUAACUUUGCUCUUUGAACAAUGGCUUGGCGGAUUUUUGGCAGUUUCUAAAUCAAUAAAAUAUGUUUCUCAUCGUAAUUUAUGAUGAGCUUAUGAAUAUAAAUGUUGAAAACACUGUUCUUAAGAAGUUUUUUCUUUUAUCUCUGCAGUUUAAGGCAAAAUUUCAAAUAUAGAAAACUAAUAUAUAUAAUAUUACUUGUUUGAAUGCUUGAUGCCUAAAAGCCAAAGCCGUUAGAAAAUAUACAAUCUGUAUACAUAAGGAAGUGUUCUGCAUAAAAGACUGAGGAGAAAAGUUAACCAGCAAAUUAUUCAAUACGAAAAAUGAUACAGAAGUGGAUAUUUUGACUACAUACAAAACGUAUAGCAAUUACUGCAUUUAAAAAAAUAUACAUUUUGUGUAGCUGGAUCUUCACAUACAGCUGAACGAAAAUAUUAAAGAGAGGAUAUUAUUUGAAAUACUCUAUGUACUUACUUAUAUACUAAGUGACAUAUAAAUCCGAAUACCCAGUUUAAAUGGUUUUGUUUUAAUAAAAUUUUGUAUAAGUACUUAAUGAAGC